UUACGUUUAGCAAUGCCGGGUAACGAGUUCGUGUGUUGACGCUUGUGUAUCCCCCGAAGAAAAAUGCCGAAGGAAUUGAGUCGAUCUUGUCGACUAAGGUCGAUUAAUGAUUUGACUAAUGACUUUAUUGUUAAUCCUCUCACCUUUCGUGCAAAUGUGUUACGUUAUUUCGAAUCAAUUGACGAAGAUGAUGUGGCAAGCAAUAAAUUAUUCCCCAGGUCUGUUCAGUCAAGUUCAAUUAAGAGGUUUGUAGAAAAUCGUUUGCCUCAAAGAAGAAAUUUUCAACAAAAAAAAGAGUAUAAUAAAAAAGUUCAAAUUAAAAGAGUGCAGAAUCUGUAUAAUGAAUUCAGUUGGUAUAGAAUCAAUAUAUCAUAUGGCCAUAAAUAUGAAAAAGAAUAUAUUAUAAAAUCAAUAUUAAACUACAUAGCACCUGAAGUAUUUGUUGCAAUAAUGUAUAAGAGAACAGAGAACGGAAUUACUUUCUUUGUCGACGAUUACAAAACGGCACAUGUAUUGUCAAAUUGUAAUCGCAAGAUCGCAAUGAGAGAUGGCUUUAUACUACAAAUGUACAUAAGACAAGAAUAUCCACGUUAUGAGAUAAGUGAUAAAUAUAAAGAAAGAGUCAAACAAACCAUAUUCAAGAGAUAUGUGCAAGAGACAAAUGCUUUGGAUUUGUCACAAUUUCAUCUAGAUCCUGAUCUUGUUGAUGAUUAUUUCUGUGCAUUAUGUCACCCUGUAAUAUUAUUUACCGUGUUAAAUAUCGUGGGCGAAUAUAUACCAACAUUGGAAUUCUUAAACUUGGAAAGUAAUAAGCUACAAAACAUUGAUAGACUCGUAAUACUAAAUAAAAAAUUUUCAAACUUGAAAAUUUUGUACAUCAGCGAUAACAAAAUAAAAGACAUAUAUGAGUUGGAAGCUAUUAAAAAUCUAAAACUGGAAGAACUGAAAUUAGCUGGAAAUCCUGUUUGUAACAAUUAUGAAUUUCAACAAAGUGAAUACAUUUGUGAUAUCCAGAAAUGGUUCCCAAAGCUACUACGUUUGGAUGACAAGGAAUUACCACGACCAAUUGAAUUUGAUGUGAUUGAAGCUGCUAAAAUACCACAAUCACAAAGGAUACUUUUUACUGAUACAAAAGUGCAACAAAUUGCGUGCCAUUUUUUACAACAGUAUUUUACUAUAUUGGAUAGUGAGAAUCGUCAACUUCUACUUGAUGCGUACGAAAAAGAGGCACGUUUUAGCAUGACAAUAAACAAUUCCCAUGCUAACAAAUUAAUUAAGUAUCUCAUAAAUAGCCGGAAUUUAUUUAGAAUAUAUGACACAACCAGAAGACAGCAGUUAUUAAAGUAUGGUAGAUUACCUAUUGUUUCUUUUAUAUCACAGUUGCCACAAACAAGGCAUCUUUUAGAUACUUUUACUAUGGAUGUUGUUCUUGUGGCACAAACAAUGAUGUUUAUCACAAUAACGGGUUAUUUUCAAGAACUUAAUGAUAAGGAACAAUUCAUCCGUCAUUUUAAUCGAACAUUCAUAAUUGUUCAGGAAGGUGCUGGAUAUUGUAUUCGCAAUGAACAAUUGCAUAUUAAUUACCCAACUGAGGCACAAUUGAAGGAAUUGAGCCAGCAAAUGCAGCCAAAGACGCCGGAGCCCAUCGAAACAGUACAGAAGCCUAUAGCUCCAGUAUUAACCGAAGAUAUGAGACAAAUGAUAGCGACAUUGAGUCAACAAACAAACAUGAAUCUGAAUUGGAGCUUAAAGUGCUUGCAAGAGAUGGAGUGGAACUAUGAUAAUGCACUCACUGCGUUUCAAAACUUCUUCAAAUGCGGGCAAAUACCGUCAGAAGCAUUUACAAAAUGUACAUGAGUAAAAUAAUUCGUCAUUAUGAUUUUUGCAAAACACAGAACUUUGUAUCGUACUUUUCACGUUUUUUUACAUUUUUAACGUACACAUUUUUUUUUUACAUUUUGC